GAUUCGCCUUUGAUCCGAGAUUAAACGCAGACGUGCUCGAUUUUGUACAAUUUGCACCUUCGCAACUGCAUUUCUAUAUUGACUAAAUGGAUCGAAUUUCGAAAGGCUGGUUCAGUGAAAUCCAGGAUGAUUUAUGGCCGGGACAAUCUUUUUCUUUGAAAGUAAAAGAGGUUCUUCAUGCAGAAAAAUCUCAAUUCCAAGAUAUUCAAAUAGUUGAGACAGAAACCUAUGGAAGGUGCCUCAUUCUCGAUGGAAUCAUUCAAUGUACUUCCCGAGAUGAGUUCUCUUAUCAGGAAAUGAUAUCUUUCUUGCCACUGUGUUGCCAUCCAAAUCCACAAAAGGUUUUAAUUGUGGGCGGCGGGGAUGGGGGUGUGGCACGGGAGGUUGUCAAGCAUCCGUUGGUUAAAGAAGUCCACCAAGUAGAAAUCGAUGACAGAGUUGUGGAAUUAUCCAAAAAGUAUCUACCUUCGAUGGCGUGUGGCUUCGACAGCGAAAAGGUAAAGCUUACAAUUGGCGAUGGAUUUGAGUACAUGAAACAACACAAGAACGAAUUCGAUGUCAUCAUAACGGAUAGCUCGGAUCCAGUUGGUCCGGCAGUGAAUUUGUUCCUCGAAAGCUAUUUUGAGCUGCUGAAGAAUGCACUGAAAGAUGGCGGAAUUAUUUGCUCGCAGGCGGGCAGUUUUUGGCUGGACUUUGAUCACGCCAAGAAAACAAUGAAAGGAUGUGGAAUUCAUUUUCCAAAAGUUGGAUAUGCCGUUACCUCAGUGCCGUCUUAUCCAUGCGGUCACAUCGGAUUUAUUGUCGCAUCUCUCAAUGCAAGCCGGGAUCUGAAGGAGCCUGUGAAAAAGUUUGAAAAAUCCGAAAUAGAUGCGUUAAAUUUAAAAUACUAUUCCAGUGAAGUUCAUUCCGCUGCUUUUAGCCUACCCCGUUGGGUUGAGAAGCACUUUUACGAAUAAUAGUUUGUACAAAAUAAAGUUCAUGUUGUGCCUUCUCUACAAAUGUAAAUACCAAGUUUACAAAUAUACAGACUUAAACGAUUAA